AUGGAGGAUCAAGAGUUGUUUCUCAAAGCAAGUAUGGUCCAAGGAAUCCAAGAUUAUUUUCCUAAGAACAAAACUAAUAAUAUUGUUCCAAAGGUAGCAUUCAUGUUCUUGGUGAAAGGUGCAUUGCCCUUAGCACCAUUCUGGGAGAGAUUCUUCAAAGGACACAAAGGGUUCUACUCCAUUUACUUGCAUCAACAACCUUCUUUCAAUGAAACCUUGCCUCCGGAUUCUGUUUUCUUUGGAAGAAAAAUCCCUAGCAAGCCAACUUCAUGGGGCUUGUCAUCACUUAUAGAUGCUGAGAGGCGUCUUCUUGCUAAUGCACUUCUUGAUUCAUCCAACCAACGCUUUGUUCUUCUCUCAGAAUCAUGCAUUCCAUUGUUUGGUUUCAAAGCAAUCUACAACUAUCUCAUGAACACAAACCUUAGCUUCUUAGAAUCAUAUGAUAUGUCUGGAAGACCGGGAACCGGAAGAUACCAUCCAAAAAUGUGGCCAAUCGUUAACAUAACAAAUUUUCGAAAGGGGUCUCAAUGGUUUGAAGUGAAGCGUGACAUUGCAAUUGAAAUAGUGAAAGACACUAAGUACAUCCCUUUGUUUAAGAAGUAUUGUGUUCCACUUCCACAUGGGAUAUGCUUUUGUGAUGAACAUUAUUUGCCCACACUUUUGCAAAUGUUGCACUACAAGAUGAACGCAAAACGUAGCAUCACUUGGGUGGAUUGGGCAAUUGCUGAAGGCCCUCAUCCAAGAGAAAUUGGUUCAAGUAGUUAUAACAUUACUUAUGAGUUUUUGAACAAAAUUAGGUUUGGAUCAAAGUGUGUUUACAAUGGGAACAUCACCAGCAUGUGUUUCCUCUUUGCUAGAAAGUUUCUUCCAAGUGCAUUAGAGCCUUUGCUUAGGGUGUCUCCUUUGUUGUUUGGUAUUGAUCCUUAA